CGCAGACAGCACCCGAGGCCAGGAUUGAACCGAGGUCUCUGCGCCGCGAGACGCCGGCUCUACCAGGGGAGCCUUGAGGAGUGAUAACAUUCCUACCCUUUUAUUUUACACAGUAAAGUCGUGUGGGAGUCCUGGGGAAAUUCUCAAUGGGAGAUACACGAGCACCGGCAAUACGUUUGGCAGUACCAUUACAUUUACUUGUGAUAGUGGAUACCGCAUGGUGGGGAGGGCCACUCGAAAUUGUGAGGUUGAAGGGUGGAGUGGCCAGGUCCCAACAUGUGAUGCUGUUAAGUGCUCUGAACUUCCAGCGAUUAAAAAUGGGAAGUCGCCACGCACACCAAGUGGGGAAGAAUUCUGGGGUUAUGGAAUGGUGGCUGAGUUUUCAUGCAAUGAUGGCUAUUCAUUGAUUGGUCCAAGCUCCAUCACUUGUAAAACUACUGGACAGUGGAGUGGAGCGGCUCCGGAGUGCAAAGCUGUAAAAUGUCUGUACCCCGGGACUCCUGCACAUGGCCGCAUGAUAGGAGGAUUUGCUGAUGUAUAUGUGUACGGUCAUGAAAUCACCUUCCGCUGUGACGAAGGUUAUGUGAUGAAGGGAAAGCGCGUCAUUAAAUGUAGCGAGAAUAAUGACUUUGUACCCCCACCGCCCACCUGCCAAUCAGAUAUUCAAUGCCCGAAGCCCAAGCUUUCUGAACAUCUCAACAUCACAGAAGGAUCUAAAUCUGUAUAUAGAAACGAUGAUGAAAUCACCUUCGCCUGCGAAGAUGGUUAUGUGAUGGAUGGCCAGCGUGUCAUUAAAUGUGGAGGGGACGGUAAAUUUGUUCCCUCACCGCCCACCUGCAAACGUGCUAUUCAAUGCCCGAAGCCCAAGCUUUCUGAACAUCUCAACAUCACAGAAGGAUCUAAAUCUGUAUAUAGAAACGAUGAUGAAAUCACCUUCGCCUGCCAAGAUGGUUAUGUGAUGGAUGGAAAGAGUGUCAUUAAAUGUGGAGGGGACGGUAAAUUUGUUCCCUCACCGCCCACCUGCAAACGUGGUACCGGGGCGAGCAACGGAACGAAUGUUGGUAAGUUUGGAAAGCCAGAUAAUUCACGCUGUUCUCUAUUUUUAUCGUCUAUGUUAAACAUGCACAAGGAUUGA